CACCCGUGUGCUCUCUCCCCUCUCAGCCGUAUUAUCUUGCUCCUUGAAAGCUUCUCUCAAUCUCUCUCUCUCCCUCCCUCCCUCCCCCACUCCCUCUCUAAAACACUCCAUUUAUUUAUACAAUCUGAGAGGCUCUGUAUGUAAAUUGCAUGCAUGGCCACCUUAAUCUUUCUGCUCCUUUGUGCUACCCUCUCCGCUAUCAUUUUCUUCUUCCUGUUCCGUGCCUCCCGGUGCCGGAGGUUGCGGCUGCCACCCGGUAACCUUGGCCUCCCGUUCAUUGGGGAGACUCUACAACUCAUUUCAGCUUACAAGACCGAGAAUCCUGAACCAUUCAUAGACGAGCGUGUGAAAAGGUUCGGACCCAUUUUCACGACUCACGUUUUCGGCGAACCGACUGUGUUCUCCGCGGAUCCAGAGACGAACCGAUUUAUCUUGCUGAACGAAGGGAAGCUGUUCGAGUCUAGCUACCCGGCCUCGAUAUCGAACCUGCUGGGAAGGUACUCUUUGUUGCUCAUGAGGGGUAGCCUUCACAAAAGAAUGCAUUCCCUCACCAUGAGCUUCGCCAACUCGUCCAUCAUCAAGGACAAUCUUUUGGUUGAUAUAGACCGGUUGAUCCGGCUCAACUUGGAUUCUUGGACCGGAAAGGUAUUUCUCAUGGAGGAGGCCAAGAAGAUAACUUUUGAAUUGAUGGUGAAGCAGUUGAUGAGCUUUGAUCCAGGGUCGAAAUGGACCGAGAGUCUGAGGAAGGAGUACGUGCUCGUCAUUGAAGGUUUCUUCACCGUUUCGUUGCCUGUCUUCUCGACCACCUACCGCAGAGCCAUCAAAGCUAGAACUAAAGUGGCAGAGGCAUUAAGCUUGAUAGUGAGGGAAAGAAUGAAAGAGAUUGAAGCGGGAGAGAGAAAGAACGACAUGUUGGGAGCCCUAUUGGCCGGGGACGACGAAUUCUCCGACGAGCAGAUUGUAGAUUUCUUAAUUGCUCUACUCGUCGCCGGCUAUGAAACAACCUCUAUUAUAAUGACUCUUGCCGUCAAGUUCCUCACCGAGACACCUCUUGCUCUAGCUCAGCUCAAGGAGGAACACGAUCAAAUCAGAGUAAAGAAGAGUGAGAACGAGGCUCUUGAAUGGAGUGAUUACAAGUCUAUGCCUUUCACUCAAAAUGUUAUAAAUGAGACUCUGCGGGUCGCAAACAUAAUUGGUGGUGUAUUCAGGAGAGCAAUGACAGACGUUCAUAUAAAGGGUUACACAAUUCCCAAAGGAUGGAAGGUGGUUGCAUCUUUCCGGGCUGUACAUUUGGAUCAGGACCACUUCAAAGAUGCUCGCUCUUUUAAUCCAUGGAGAUGGCAGGACAACUCGGGGGCAACAAGUGCAGGAAAUGUGUUCACGCCAUUUGGAGGAGGGCCACGGCUGUGCCCUGGUUAUGAGCUUGCUAGAGUGGAGCUCUCCGUCUUUCUUCACCACCUAGUCACUCGUUUGAGUUGGGUUCCUGCUGAAAAGGAUAAGUUGGUUUUCUUCCCAACCACCCGGACGCAGAAGCGAUAUCCCAUCAAUGUGAAGCGUCGAGGUGUGUCUAAGCUUUGUAAAGACUGAAGACGGAGAUAGUUAAGAGAGUCGAUAUGUAAAAGAGGUGAAAUCCCUUUCAUGUCAGUAAUAAUAAAAUCAAAAUAUUAGCUGAGUAGCAGAUCAUGUAAAUUAAUCUUGUUCAAAUGUUUAGAGCAGCUAGGACGCUGGCGGUAUCGAUGGUUAUAUUUUAAUUUCUUUAUACAUACAACCAAGCAACGUUUGGGAAGUGAGCUCUUUCUGUUUAUAUAAGUGGACAUAUUUCACAUCUA